UUACAUUUUUGCUUUGCCAGUUUUUGUGUGUUUCUUUUUGCGUGUUCACAUAGUGAUUUAAAAACUCAAUUUCAAAUUAGACUUCACGAAUCAUAGAGAUAUCAUUUAAGUCGCAAAACAAAAAGUUAAAGCUCAACGAAGCGUUUACAAAAUUAGAAAAUUACAAAAAGUUUUUUGACGAGGAGAAGAGCAGCUCUGUUGCAAUUUCAUUGACAAACAUCCACUAGUUACUUUGUAGAUACAAAAACAAUUACAGAUAUUUUUGCAAUGAGUAGUUCUAAUAGUACUACGCAAUUUGAGCAGAUUUUGCAGCUUUUGAAGCCGCAAAAAGAGAAAACGAACAUCGCUGAAAAAACUAUCCUGUCCACAUGUCAAGAUGAAAAAUUAAGUACUUUCGAUUUCGAAGCAAUGGAAAACUUUUUGAAGUCGUCGCCUCCUGUCAACGUAUCGGGUUUUCAGAGCUUCCUCGAGAACUUCCAAUCUCUGAAAGAAAACUUCCGACUUGUUGAAACUGUCAGAAAUUCUACAGCUGAAUUGGACGAAUUAAAGGACAAAUUGGCCUCUAGACUCGAAGAGAUCGACUUGAAUUUGAGGCUGAAACGAAGAGCGGCGAAGCGGGCCAAGGUCGACUUCUUUGUCGAGAGGAAAGAAUGGGAGUUAUACACAAUAAUGAUGGAAGACCUUUCCUCCGAAUUGGAACCCUAUGCACGUGUGUUGAAACGGCAACUUCGAGACGCAAACACUGUGGCGACAGAUCACGAUGCCGGAUAUGCCACCUAUCUAAAAAUCAGAGAAUGGAAGCGGGGCUUCAAUGACAACCAAGACAGCCACUCAUCUGACAAAAACCUCCUCAGCGCGGCUUCCGAAAUUCUGGACUACGUCAUGGAAGACGUCUAUGGAGAAGAGGGGGGCAUCUUUGAUAGCGAUGCUGCCCUGGUUAAGAUGAACAGCAAGCUGGGCGAGUUCCAGAGAACAGAGUUUACGCAUGGAGCUUGUUGGCAGUGAGCCGGAUUUGCACGAGAAGAAACCACUGCAAGUAUCACUGGGUCCUCUAAUUGAUCGGGUCGCGAACGGCGAAUCAAAAAAGGAAACAAAAUAUCUGUCGUAUGCUAUAUCAUACGAGGACAACAAAUUAAGAGUUCUAUUCGGGGAGCAAGGCUCGACCAAAAAACAGCUGGUAUCUGUGUUUCAAAUAAAUGGAAACAAAAUCGAGCGCGUCGACAGCAAGUACUGGCCAAACAAAAUGACCCCCGGAAAAUUGCUAUCAGCAAUGGGCAUCUUUUUGCAGCAUCUUUGAACGAAAACGGAAUCGGCGAAAUACAACAGUUGGAUAUUUCUACCCUGAAGAAUCAAGGAGAGUUAGAAGAACACGGCGCGUGCGAGGAGAUUCAAUGCUUUCUGCUAAUUGGUACACCUGACAUGCUGAUUGCAAUGGAAUGCAAAGACCAGAACGUGAUAUAUUACACCAUUAUUCAGAACGAUAAAGUCAUUAAGAAGGAACACGUCCAGAUUCCUCUGAGAAUCAAAUCGUUCAGAACAUUUUAUCACGGAGAUUACUUGUUCCAUGCAAAUGAGCAUGAUAACGACUUGGUCGCAGUUAAAUGGAUGGAAAAUGGAAAAGUACUGGACAAGUUCAAACAAUAUCACUUUAAUCUGGCAAAUAUCGGAGCAAUUCAUUGUAUCAUGGGAAUCGAUAUUGGGUCCAAAAUAUACCUGGUUGCGGUCCAGUUGCGGAAGCUAAAUCGAAUCAUGAUAUAUGAGCUGGAUUUCAACAGACCUGAUAUUUUGAACCCCGCUAUUGAUUUGGUCCAAGAGGAGCGUCUCGAUUUCAAAAUCAUGGCUCUAAUUCGAACUGCAAAAAGAGACAAAUUGGUGUUUGUGACAGAAGACGAUAAGAUGGGAAUACUUGAGUUAAAAGAAUUAUAUGCUUAAUAAAAAGUAGUG